UUAAGCGAGCUAUCAUAACCACAUAAUUUUGCUUCAAGUUAUUCCAUCGGCUAUAAUUUACUUCUAAAUUUGCUUCUACUUUAUAAAAUAAAAUACAAAAUGCUGUCGCGUUUUGCUAAAUAUCGUACAAUUACGAGAAGCCUAACAUUACUUACCCAAAAUCGUUCAUCAAUAACCACUAGGCCGUUUUUAUAUAAAACACAAAUCACUAACUCACGAAACCUCACUAUUUUGUGUUCGAGAAAUUACUGCAGUGCAAAGAAAAAUGAUGAUGAAAUUGACGAAUCCAAUGGGUAUGUUAUCAAUAAAGAUCCACAGCUUCCUGCGACAGUUGCUGUUCCAGAGGUUUGGCCACAUGUGCCUCUUUUGGCUACCCGCAGAAAUCCUGUCUUUCCAAGAUUCAUGAAAAUUCUAGAGGUAACAAAUCCAAUGGUUAUUGACUUGAUAAGGCGAAAAGUUCGAUUAAACCAGCCCUACGUUGGUGUCUUUAUGAAAAAAGAUAGCGAAAAUGAGUCGGAAUUGGUUGAUAAGCUGGAUGAUGUUUACAAGUUUGGUACAUUUGCACAAAUUCAGGAACUUCAAGACUUGGGCGAUAAAUUGCGGAUAGUAGUUGUUGCCCAUAGGAGAAUCAAAAUCACUGGUCAAAUGUUGGAGGAUUUAACACAAGAGCCAAAAGAAAAAAUGACAAUACAUUACCCGAUGUUUAAUCUUAAAAUGAACGUCUCAGUUGAUGAAACAGAUAUCGAUCGGCGAAAACGAAAAUCGCGUGCUGUGCGGAAUAAUAAAUCUAAUCGUCAAGAUACUACAACUACAGCUACUCCACAACCACCAGUAUCGCCUAAGGUUCCACUGUCUUCGUUGUAUAAUGACUCAACGGUAGAUAAGGAUGCUACCGGAACUGACCAACCACCUAAACAGCCCGUUUUAAUGGUGGAAGUUGAAAAUGUAAAACAUGAACCAUACACCCAAACGGAAGAAGUUAAAGCUCUCACUCAGGAAGUCAUUAAAACUAUUCGGGAUAUUAUAACCAUGAAUCCGCUUUACAGAGAGAGUUUACAGCAAAUGCUUCAUCAAAACCAACGUGUAGUCGACAACCCAGUUUACCUGUGUGAUUUGGGAGCAUCUUUGUCUGCUGCUGAUCCGGAAGAAUUACAAAAGAUCAUGGAGGAAAUGGAUAUCUCCAAAAGACUUUUACUAGCUUUGGCACUUUUGAAGAAAGAAUUGGAGCUCUCAAAGUUACAACAAAAAAUUGGUCGCGAAGUCGAAGAGAAAGUUAAGCAGCAACAUCGAAAGUAUAUCCUUCAGGAACAACUUAAAGUGAUAAAGAAGGAACUCGGAAUAGAGAAGGACGAUAAGGAUGCAAUCGGGGAAAAAUACAGGGAAAAACUGAAAGAUAAAACAGUUCCUGAGAAUGUUAUGACUGUAAUCGACGAAGAACUGAACAAAUUGAAUUUCCUAGAAAGUCACAGUUCUGAAUUCAAUGUAACGCGCAACUAUUUAGAUUGGCUUACUACACUGCCAUGGGGUGUUUUAAGUGAAGAAAACUUAAGCUUAGACCAAGCCACAGAAAUAUUGGAAGAAGAUCAUUAUGGAAUGGAAGAUAUUAAGAAACGUAUCUUAGAAUUUAUUGCUGUGAGUCAACUUAAGGGCAGCACUCAGGGCAAGAUCCUUUGCUUCCAUGGACCACCUGGUGUUGGAAAAACAAGCAUAGCAAGAUCAAUUGCAAGGGCACUAAAUCGUGAAUAUUUCCGGUUUAGCGUUGGUGGAAUGACAGAUGUAGCUGAAAUCAAAGGUCAUAGACGUACUUAUGUUGGAGCAAUGCCUGGAAAACUCAUUCAGUGUCUUAAAAAAACAAAAACCGAAAAUCCUUUAGUUCUUAUUGAUGAAGUUGAUAAAAUUGGAAAAGGUUACCAAGGAGACCCGAGUUCAGCACUGUUAGAACUUCUAGAUCCUGAACAGAAUGCCAAUUUCUUAGAUCAUUAUCUUGACGUUCCAGUUGAUCUGUCCCGCGUAUUGUUUAUUUGCACUGCCAAUGUGACAGAUACUAUUCCUGAGCCAUUGCGUGAUCGAAUGGAAAUGAUUGAAAUGUCUGGAUACGUUGCGGAGGAAAAAGUAGCGAUAGCUCGACAGUAUCUCAUUCCAGCAGCGAUGAAAGAUUGUGGUCUCAAUGAAAGCCAAGUUCAAAUAACCGAAGAAGCUCUCGGCAAACUCAUCAGAAGUUAUUGUCGCGAAUCUGGAGUGAGAAAUCUUCAAAAACACAUUGAAAAAGUUGUUCGUAAAGUAGCUUUCAAAAUUGUUAAAAAAGAAGCCGAUAACUUUGAAGUGAAGAACGAUAACCUCACCGUAUUCCUUGGCAAACCAAUCUUUUCUCAUGAGAGAAUGUACGACCAGACUCCCGAAGGUGUUGUUAUGGGGUUGGCAUGGACAGCAAUGGGAGGAUCUUCCUUGUAUAUUGAGACAGCACGCCGUAAAAUGGAAGAGUUAGGUAACGAUGGAAGCUCAACGUCUGGAUCACUUCAUCUUACAGGUCAUCUUGGCGAUGUCAUGAAAGAGUCCGCACAAAUUGCCUUAACUGUUGCAAGGAAUUAUUUAAGAGAUGUCAACAAAAGCAACACAUUCUUAGAAAAGAGUCAUAUACAUCUCCAUGUACCUGAAGGUGCCACGCCAAAAGAUGGCCCGAGUGCAGGUAUAACAAUAGUCACGGCACUUAUGUCCUUAGCAAACAAUAAACCAGUGCGACAAAACAUCGCAAUGACUGGCGAGGUAUCUCUGAAAGGGAAAGUUCUACCUGUCGGAGGAAUAAAGGAGAAAACUAUUGCAGCAAGACGAAGUGGUGUAACCUGUAUUAUAUUACCAGAGGAAAACAAAAAAGAUUUUGCCGAACUACCUAACUACAUAAAGGAAGGAUUGGAAGUUCAUUUUGCUGCGAACUAUGACGAUGUUUACAAAAUUGCAUUUGCAUCAGUUUAGAGUUAAAAUAUCGUUAUUUUAUUUAGUUGUUUAGGUUGUGUUAUUUUUAUUCUUUACUUGACGGAUUAAGUGAUCAAUAAAUAUACAUACAAAUUUACUGAAAAAUUA